GCUAGAAGGAGCAAGAUAGAAGGCCUUUUCCAUUUACGUGCUUUAAUGAUCUACUGCCAACACUUGAAGGUAGCUUCUUGACUUUCUUUUACAGCGGAUGGUUUUUUUUUCUUCAUGUUUGUCAGUUAAUAGGCAAAUGGAGGAAUGAGCCUACUUAGAAUUACUCCUUCAAUUUGUAUUUCUGUUUCAUCUCAACUGUGGAGGCUUGGCAUCUUUCUACUACUUAGCCUUCCUGACUCAAAAGGAAAAGCCAUUUGGACAGCCCACCUGAAUAUAACGUUUCAGGUGGGAAAUCAGAGUAUAUCAGAAUUAGGAGAGAGUGGCGUGUUUGGGAAUCAUUCUCCUCUGGAAAGGGUGUCUGGUGUGGUGGUACUUCCCGAAGGAUGGAAUCAGAAUGCUUGUAAUCCUAUGACCAAUUUCAGCAGGCCUGAGCGAGCAGACUCUUGGCUGGCCCUCAUUGAAGGAGGAGGCUGUACUUUCACACACAAAAUCAACGUGGCAGCAGAGAAGGGGGCAAAUGGGGUGAUCAUCUAUAACUAUCCAGGUACGGGCAACCAAGUAUUUCCCAUGUCUCACCAGGGAACGGAAAAUAUAGUCGCAGUGAUGAUAGGCAACCUGAAAGGCAUGGAACUUUUGCACUUGAUUCAGAAAGGAGUCUGUGUGACGAUCAUCAUUGAAGUGGGGAGAAUGCACAUGCCCUGGCUGAGCCAUUAUGUCAUAUCUCUGUUUACCUUUGCGGUUGCCACAGUGGCCUACCUGUUCCUGUACUGUGCCUGGAAACCUCGAGUGCCCAAUUCUUCCACCAGGAGGCGAAGACAGAGAAAGGCAGAUGUGAAGAAAGCUGUUGGACAGCUUCAACUGCAGGUGCUCAAAGAAGGGGAUAAGGAACUAGAUCCAGAUGAAAACAGUUGUGUUGUUUGCUUUGACAUAUACAAGCCUCAAGAUGUAGUACGUAUUUUAGCUUGCAAACAUUUUUUCCAUAAGGCAUGCGUCGACCCCUGGCUUUUAGCCCAUAGGACAUGCCCCAUGUGCAAGUGUCACAUUCUGAAAACUUAAGAGACCCAGAGAGUCUCCUGAAGAUGUAACUGAGUCUUACCAAAGGUUACAAUGAAGAUGAAUCCUCUUUUAGCACUUUAUGUAGAGAGAAAAUUCAACUGCAGCUUGUCUACGCAAGUACUAAAGAGGGUGACAUUUGUGUACUUUAAAAAUAAAACUCCAUAUCAUCUCCAUCUAUUUGAA